UUUGCUCUUUCCCAUCAUGUCUUCGUACCAAGAACCCAAGUCUGUGACUGGGCUGCUCUCUCGAGCCCUCCAUCGCAUUCGCACAACACCUCCGCGGAUUAUUGCUUCCCCGCCGACUCAACCUCGGCGGGCUGCGGUUGCCCUUAUUCUUCGUGUGGUUCCUCCACCGAAUUUUACCUCGCAGACUUCUACCCCACCUUCGCUCUCCGACUUUUUUCAACUCGAUUGGGUCAAUCACCCUGCUGCUCGUCCAGAAAUUCUUUUUAUCCAGCGUGCAAAACCCGAUGUCGACGGCUCGACCUCAAACACGCAAGAGGCUCAUGUAGCAUUUCCUGGUGGCAGGAUGGAGGAGGGAGACGAGGGCGGGCAGUACACUGCCAUGCGCCAGACCUGGGAAGAGAUAGGUCUUGACCUAGCAGAGAAUGACUAUACUUGCAUCGGACAGCUAGACGACAGGGAAAUCACAACCUCGCUCGGCAAGCGUCUUCUCAUGAUUCUUUCGCCUUUUGUCUUUUUGCAGCUGUCUCCGACCCAAGUCACCACUGAUCCCAAUCCGGAGACGACACUUCACUGGAUUCCUCUGGCGUCACUCCUCCCCUUCUCGUCCAUUAACUCUGGGGCGGGUCCCAUCUGGUCUACCGUCAGCGUCGAUACCGCCUCGCGUCUCGCACCACGGCAUUCGAUUGCCCUUCGUUUGCUCAUGCGCGCUCUUGUGGGUAGCAUGCAGUUCCCCGCGCUCAUUCUUUCACCUACGUCCGGUUUCCCGCCGUCCUUAUCAUCACCAUCCGAAAAAUCCCGUGGGUCGCUAGAGAUGGAAGCUGGGACUUUCAAUCCAGCCCUUCACCCGGCUUCUGUUUCACCUUCCCUUCGCCACCCCACAUCUAGCGCUCUCAAACUCUGGGGUCUUUCCCUCGGCAUGACGCUCGACCUCUUAGCCUACAUGUCGCCCACCCCUGGUGCACCACUCACACCGUGGGAUGCCGAUAUUUAUAUGGGCAUCACGAGAGAAAACGGCGAAGAGCUUGAGCUGAAUGAGGGAUGGAACGGAUCAAACGCAGGUAUGCGGAAUGGGAAGGAUAUGAGGAGACGGAAUGGUCGGAGGCACGGAAAGGGCAAGGGGCGCAUCAAUGCUCCGCCUAGUUUGACGAGUGUGUUCCCGAGGUUCUCCUACCCGGACGUAAACUUUUGGAUCUGGGUGUUCGGAAAGAGGUAUCGGGAAGUGAUCAGGGGUUGGGAGGUUUCCAUUCGUGCAGGUGGCACAAACGACAGGCGAAUCAAUUGGACAGGUGCAGCCCUGACAACUUUCUACGCCGCCGUUCGGAAAGCUCUCGUCGUUGUGCUCGUCCUCCGUGCCAUUGGAGUUCUUGUCAGUCUUGCAUUUGGUUUAUGGUGGGUAUUUCGGUGAGAACCGGUAGGCGAUCGGUCAGAUUCGGACUCGCGAGACGUACAUACAUACGUCGGACAGUCUCGCAAAACGGCUUUUGUCGCCUGGAGGUAUUCCACAUACUAUCCGGAAACUUUCUAUUUUCUUGUUCAUAUCUACGUUAUGGGGCUUUAGGGGCUGUCACCAUCGUGUGUAGACUUGAUAUCUCGAGGACAGGCUCUUCUUUCUCCAUUUGAUCCUUUCCUUAUAGCUGCACUUGCUAACACCAUUUUGUAUUUGUUUCCGACGGUCGUGUUUGUUCGUCCACUUGCGUUCUUUCUCAUAUCUCUUUCUCUCUUAUGAAGGAGCCUGCUAAGUCGAGUGCAGUGGGAUUUCACCACUAUUUGUCCAUGUAUCGCCACAUUAGAUCGAGAGCGAAUCGAUGUCUGAUUCAUGACCGUUG